UCUCUUCCCCUCCCCUCCUCUCCCCGGCGGCGGUAGCACAUGUCCUUUCUCUUUUGUUUUCCGCCUGGCAGGCCGGCUGCGCGCCCGGGCUGCGGAACCCGCCGGGAAUCGCCGCCCCGAGGGAGAAGCGGGAUCGGGACCCCGCCGGAGCCGUGUCCGGGGGCUGCUGCCCGGCCCUCUAGAGAAGCCUAGAAGCGACGGUUUUUGUGGAGCUGGAAGUCCAGGCUGCGGAGCAAAACUUUGCCGUUUCUCCCCGCGAUUCCCACAUGCGAGUUGAUAACGUGAGACCGGCUGCUUUUCUCACUGCUGCUGCUACCUCGAGUGCUGGGGGGGCCAGCGCUCUUCUCCCCCACCUGCUGCUGUUUCCUUUACCCGGCCCUAGAGCUGCUCGGUGGGCUUACCUUGCCAUGUGGGGCUAGGAGAGGUGCGGCGGUUCUCCACGGUGUGAAGCGGUAAACAUGGAGGCGGCGUGCAGACCCGACGGUGGGGAGCAGAGUCAUCAAGGCAGCGGCAUGGACGCCCCUGGGGACGCUUCUAUGGACUGCUACUUGCGAUCUCAGGGCUUGUACAGAAAGAGAGUUGCCAAGGAUGGAUCUUGUCUUUUCAGGGCUGUGGCCGAGCAGGUGUUACACUCUCAGUCUCGGCAUAUUGAUGUUAGGAUGGCUUGUGUAGACUAUCUUCGGAAACAUAGGGAGAAAUUUGAAGCAUUCAUAGAGGGGCCAUUUGAAGAGUAUUUAAAAUGUUUGGAAAAUCCACAGGAAUGGGUUGGACAAGUAGAAAUAAGUGCCCUUUCUCUUAUGUACAAGAAAGAUUUCAUAAUAUAUCGGGAACCAAAUGCUUCUCCUUCACAUGUAACUGAAAAUGGCUUUUCUGAUAAGGUAUUGCUGUGCUUCUCAAAUGGAAACCACUAUGAUAUUGUGUAUCCCAUAGAGUAUUCAGAAAAGGCUGCUCUGUGCCAGUCUCUGCUGUAUGAGUUGCUUUAUGAGAAAGUAUUUGAUACAGAUGUAAAGAAAAUCAUAGCAGAACUUAGUGCUGUUGGUGUAACAGAGGAAAGUAAUGGUAGCAGUGAAGUGUCUGCUUCAGAUUCAGAAGAUGAUAACUACAGAAGUAAAGCUACAACAGUUAGUGAUAUGAAUGGAUUGAAAUCUCUUUCUGGCAACAAGCACCUUAAGAGCAAUGGGAAUCCUACCUUGUUGGUCUUACCUAAAAAAGUUCUUAAAUCACUCAAUCCAUCAGUUUACAGAAAUGUUGAAUAUGACGUUUGGCUCCAAUCCAAAUGGGAUCAGCAAAAACAAGAUUUUUCUAUUGCUGCUGGCAUGCAAUACUCAGUUGGAGAUAAAUGUAAAGUGCGCUUAGACCAUAAUGGGAAAUUUUAUAAUGCCCAUAUUCAAGAAGUUUGUUCAGAGAAUGGGCCAGUUGUUGUAUUUGUAGAAGAGCUUGGAGCAAAGCAUGCUGUCUCACUGAAGAGCCUUAAACCUCUUCCACAAGCCUCUCCUAUGGAGGGCUGGAACACUGUGCCAGGGAAGAAGAUAAAAAAGUUUUUCCCAACAUGGGGGCAGAAUGCUCAGCCCGAUGCAGAUUGCAGAGGGGCAAAGAAUCAGAGCAAGUCAAUAAAACCCCAGUCAGCACUACCUCCUCGACUUCAGCAUACUGUGGGAACCAGGCAGCAUCAGUUCUUAUGUUCUGGACCUCAACCUCAUCAGACCUCAACUGAGCAAAAAGCUCCAGGCAGGAAUCCUUCCCAAACUGUAAGAAAAUCAGACCGGGAGAGAACGGAGGAUCUGAACCAUGGGAGCAGAGAUUGUAACUACUUUGGCCUGUCUCCAGAGGAACGCAGGGAGAAACAGGCUAUAGAAGAAUCUCGUUCACUUUAUGAGAUCCAGCAGAGGGAUGAACAAGCUUUUCCUGCUCUUUCCAAUAAUCAGUCGGUCUGUCAGGCUGCUACACAGACUGUGGAUAAUUUAAACCAGAAAAAGUUCUCAAGUAACGAGAGAAGAAACAGCAAGUGGACAGCAGAGGUGGAAGAGCAGAAGGAUAAAGAGUCAAAUUCCAGGCAGAUCCACUUAAGUCAGAAGCUUGAGCCAAAUUCAUCUGAGAAGAAUAGUCAAGAUGAGAAUUAUCCAAAAGCUUCAUCUCCUUUGGAACAAGUAAAAACAGAUUCUCCGAUUCCUGCUGAGCAAGUAAGAAAUGUUUGUUUGAUUUCAAAGUUUUCCAGUCAGGAGACUUCAGACAAAGGGGAGCUUCAUCACAGCCACAACCUGACAGAAUGCUUACCAAGUGUAACUCCAACACCCUCACCAGUCUUUUCUGAGGUGCAUUUACCUCCAGCAGUGCCUUCUGUACCAGCCAUUGUGCCAGCUUGGCCAACUGAGCCAACAACCUAUGGACCAGCAGGUAUUCCAGCCCAAAUACCUGCUUCUUCAUUGAUGCCAGCCCCAGCAACGGGACCUGACUCUAUUGUAUCACAGGCUCAGGUAACAUCUGCUCCAGUUGCUGGAGUUCCUGUGUCGCUACAAGCAGUUAACCAGCCUUUAAUGCCUUUGCCUCAGACUCUGAAUCCUUACCAGGAUCCACUAUACCCUGGAUUCCCAUUUAGUGAAAAGGGAGAAAGAGCUGUUGCACCCUCUUACUCCCUGUGCAAUACUGGGGAAGACUUACCUAAAGAUAAGAAUAUUCUUAGAUUUUUCUUCAACCUUGGUGUGAAGGCAUACAGUUGUCCCAUGUGGGCACCCCAUUCUUACUUGUACCCCCUGCACCAGGCCUAUUUAGCUGCUUGUAGAAUGUACCCAAACGUGUCCCUUCCUGUGUAUCCGCACAACCCCUGGUUCCAGGAGGCUCCACCGACUCAGAAUGAAAACGAAACUGCACGAACAAACAGGCACUUUCCUGUUCUGAGCGAGGCCAGAUCCAACGGUCAGAUUCCCCAGGUUGAUAGUAGAUCUCCAUCACUGCCUCUGAUUAUACCUACAGCUCAGGUGUCAGAAAGUCAAGGACAGGUCUGUGUAGAAUCGGAGAAUCCGGUGCAAGCUCUUCAUGCAAACUAUGAGGAGUCCCUGAGGGGGAAAAAUAUGUUCCCACAGCCACCCUUUGGACACAAUCACUUUCUAGGAGCUGUUCCAAUAGCACCUCCUUUCUUUCCUCACUUCUGGUAUGGGUACCCAGUUCAGGGUUUCAUUGAAAAUUCAGUAGCAAGACCUAAUGUUGUCAUGUCACCUGAGGACAAAGAGGCAACAGCUAGCACCUCUGCGACCAUGUAUGUGGCUAAAGAAUGCAGCCCUCCAGUUCCUGUAGUAAACUGUGCAGAACAGCUUCAGAAGACUAGCAGCAGCAGCGGCUCGAACACUGUACCAUUCCCUGUGGCUGGUGCAAGCAGUGAUUGCAGUGUGCCGAAAGAAACGUCAGCUAGGGCACCUCAGCUGGAGCAAACUUGUCCUUUGGCUUCUCCAGCUAAGCAAAAACCAGCUGGGCAGCAAAAUCGUUCUCUGCAGACGCAGGGGACCGAGAGGCAGACUGCGGUGCCCAACACUCCACCACUGUUGGCAGAACCACCGAAAAAUGAACUGAAAACCAGCAUUCCCAGUCGUAAGGAGAAGACUGAUAAAGGUAGAGAUUCCAAGGGUGCUGGUAAUCUGCAGACAGAAAGCAGGGCACAGAGAACAAGGGAGGAGAGCUCUGAAGAUGAGAGUGAAGUUUCCGAUAUGCUGAGAAGUGGUAGAUCCAAGCAAUUUUAUAACCAGACUUACGGCGGAGGCAGAAGGCCUAGACUUGAGUGGGGUUAUUCCAGUAGGGGAGGAUACCAGUUCCAAAGAAAUGAGGAAGCCUGGAAAGGACCACCCAGCAGAAGCAGAGAUGACAGCUACCAGUAUCAGCGGAACUUUAGAGGGAGGCCAUAUAGGAAUGACAGGAGAAGGGCAACACUGGGAGAUAAUCAGAGGGGGCAUCAAGCAUAGAAUGAACGGAUAAUUGAAAAUUUUAAAAUGCAAAAAGUAAUUUGAAGUAGCAGUUUAAAAAUCUUAAAUCUCUUUCUUUUUAGGAAAGUUCAAGGGUAUGUUGUAACUUUUGGCGAGUAAAGACUAGGACGAUGUGAACUCCUACCAUAUGUUGUUUUUGGGGGAUUAUAGAGUUUGGCUUAGCAUUUUUUCCUUAAUGUCAAGUUAGAAAAAAACCAAUAUAGGUUUAGUGUUUGAUAGCUUUUUUUUUUCCCCCCACAAAGGUUUGAGUUUGUGAUAGAAGAUGGAUACGUAUGUUUACUAGAGUGAUGAAUUAUAGCAUUUGAUGUGAUCUAGAUUUUAAAAUUGACAGUAACAUUGCACCAAAUAUAAAUAUAUUUUAUCAUACAAUGCCUUAGUUCUGAACUGAGCUAAAGGAAUUCUCAGCCUACUGCACUGUUGUCUUUGAUAUGCUUCCAACCCAAAGGCCUUUCAUCUCAAAGAAAAAAAAAAAUCUGUCAAACUUGAAUGUUUCUCUUCAGUGUGUUACACCUAUGGCAGCCAGCUAACCCUGUGUCUUAGGUAUGUUGUAUAUAGUUCUUUUCAUAUUCAUAGGGUCUAUUUUUGAAUUUUAAAAAGCAUUUAUUUGUUGAAAUCAAAAUCAAGACAAGCAGUCAAGAAUAGCUGUGUAUGAAUUGGUAAGAAUGGCUGUUUCCACCAGGAAUUCUUAAUGCUGGUGUGACUAGAAUGGUGCCUAUGCCAACUGAAUAAUUACAAAGACAAUAAAAAUGUAGAUGCUAUGCAUUUCCAAAAUAAUUCUGCAUCUGUUGUAACAGCAGAAGUUUUUUUAAUGCCACUUUAACACUAAUGCACUGACAAAUCCUAGAUAUUUUGUGAGGAGAGAUGCAUAAAGUACAUGUUACGUUUUUUUUAAGUUUGUAUGAUCGAGCUACUGUUCAGUAUUCUUUUGUUGUUGCACUGUUGAUGCAAAUUUGUGUUUUGCAUGUACAACUCCUUGCUGGAACUUUUAAAAGCAAGAUGGAGAAUCGCGGUGUGCUCUGCUCUUCCCUACAAUUCAGAAGAAAGUGGCUUCUGCCUUAUAUUUUUACACUGUGUCAGAGUUCUGAUGCUGUUUCUUCUGACCCUGAUAAUGAUCUCUGCAGUGUUCCUGUUGCCUUUGCAGUUUGGAUGUUCAGCUGUCCAAACUCAGAGAGUACAGUGUGCACAGUAUUCACUCAGCUCUGUUGCUCUGUAAAAUUAACUGUUGUGUAUAUUUUUAUAUCUUCUGUAUAUACUAGUGUAGGUGAUGGUACCCUUUCCUUCAUGCCCGAGAUUGUACACCCUUGAUCAGGAAACUUGAGUGAUAGUUAUGUGGUAAAGAAUUCCUUUUCAGAUGCAUGCCAUGUAUAAAACCCUACUUAAAAUAAAUGUUUGUCUUUUCA